UAAGUAACCGCCAGGUCAGCAUCAAUGCCGUAGCUGGCAAUGGUUAUCGCAUAACCACCGGUCCACCACCACUCGCCGGAUCCCCGCUCCCAGACCCGGCAAGCGCCACCGCCGUUUCGGAUCCGGGCCCGCUAGCGGGUCCGGAAACCCCCACCCGCUCCUCGCCGGCGGCCACCCGCCGCCGCCGGAGCCAUGAAGCGCGCGCGCAGCUCCGAGGUGUUCCUUGGCGCCGGCCGGCUGCGCGCGCGCCGGCGCCUGGCGCCGCUACUCGCCGCGGCGGCGUUCGCGUACCUACUCUUCGUGUCCGUCAAGCUCGCAGGCUUCGGCAGCGCGGGCCCAGCGUCCGCCGUCGGCCGCCUGGCCGCGGGCGGCGUGGGAGAGCCGCUGCGGCGGGGGGUCGAGCGGCCGGCGCCCCGGGCCCCGGCGCGCGCCGUGGCGGCCGUGUCGGGGUACGGCCGCAUCACCGGGGAGAUCCUCCGGCGGCGGGAGGCGGGCGAGGGGCGGCGGAGGCGGUGGGGCCAGCUGGGGAACUUCACGGAGCUCGAGCGCGCGGCCGCGGAGGCGUGGGCGCUCGGGGCCAAGGCGUGGGAGGAGGCGUCCGCGUUCACGGGCGAUGUCGACUCCAUCGCCUCGCGCGACGGCGGGGAGGGGCCGGCCGAGUGCCCGGGGUCGCUGGCCCUCGGCGGCGGGGAGACGGCGGUGGCGUUCCUGCCGUGCGGGCUGGCGGCCGGGUCGGCGGUGACGGUGGUGGGUACGGCGCGGGCGGCGCGGUCGGAGUACGUCGAGGCGCUGGAGCGGAGCGGCGCGGGGAACGGGACCGUGAUGGUGGCGCAGUUCGCGGUGGAACUGCGCGGGCUGCGCGCAGCCGACGGAGAGGAGCCGCCCAGGAUACUGCACCUCAACCCGCGGCUGCGCGGGGACUGGAGCGGCCGACCCGUGCUCGAGAUGAACACCUGCUUCAGGAUGCAGUGGGGCAGGGCGCAGCGCUGUGAUGGCACCCCCUCCAGAGACGAUGACCAGGUUGAUGGAUUCAGAAAAUGUGAGAAAUGGCAGCGGCGGGACAUAGUUGAAUCGAAAGAAACAAAGACAAGCUCAUGGUUCAACAGGUUUAUCGGCCGAGCAAAGAAACCAGAAAUGAUGUGGCCGUUCCCAUUUUCAGAGGGCAAGAUGUUUGUUCUCACUAUCCAAGCUGGUGUGGAAGGAUACCAUAUUAACGUGGGAGGCCGCCAUGUUGCCUCAUUUCCUCAUAGGAUGGGAUUUGCUCUUGAAGAUGCAACAGGUUUAGCCGUAACAGGGGGCAUAGACGUUCACUCUGUGUAUGCAACAGCACUUCCAAGGGCUCAUCCUAGUUUUUCUCUGCAACAAGUACUGGAAAUGUCUGAAAGGUGGAAGGCUCGCCCUGUGCCAGAGGAACCAAUUCAGCUUUUCGUUGGCAUCCUCUCUGCUACAAACCAUUUUGCUGAGCGCAUGGCAAUUAGGAAAACUUGGAUGCAGUUUCCUGCCAUCCAAUUGGGAAAUGUAGUUGCUCGGUUCUUUGUCGCACUGAGCCACAGAAAGGAGAUAAAUGCAGCCCUAAAGAAGGAAGCAGAAUAUUUUGGAGAUAUAGUCAUUCUGCCAUUUAUCGACCGGUAUGAGCUGGUGGUUCUGAAAACAGUUGCGAUAUGUCAAUAUGGGGUGCAAAAUGUUACUGCAGAUUAUAUCAUGAAGUGUGAUGAUGACACCUUUGUGCGGCUGGAUAUCGUAUUGCAACAAAUCACUACCUACAACAGAACCUUACCUCUUUAUCUUGGCAACUUGAAUCUAUUGCACAGGCCUCUAAGAAGGGGCAAGUGGGCUGUGACCUAUGAGGAAUGGCCUGAAGCAGUGUAUCCACCGUACGCCAACGGACCUGGUUAUGUCCUCUCGAUCGACAUUGCGAGAGACAUAGCAUCCCGGCAUGCAAAUCACUCCCUAAGGCUGUUCAAGAUGGAGGACGUGAGCAUGGGCAUGUGGGUGGAGGACUACAACGCCACUGCGCCCGUGCAGUACGUCCACAGCUGGAGGUUCUGCCAGUUUGGCUGCGUGGAUAACUACUUCACGGCACAUUACCAGUCCCCCAGGCAGAUGCUAUGCCUCUGGGAUAAACUGUCAGCCGGCCGAGCACGCUGCUGUAACUACAGAUAACAAGGCGCUCCAGGGGUGCAGGUGGAAUCAGAUGGCUUUCCAGCCAGUAUCCUUCAUCACACGGUCAUGUACAGCAGGGAAAGUUUCAGGAUCUCCAUUGCAUCCUUUGGCUUCAGUUCCAUCCGAUUCGCUAACCCUAGAAACCGUUUUGACACCGCACUUUCUUUGAUCUUUACACUGAGAUUUAUGGGUGUGUGCGUGUGAUUAACUGCUUCACCUUCAUUGAGGGGCAUGCAAAGACGAGGGGGUGAGUGGAAUCCACGUUGGCUGCUUGUACAGGGGCAAGUUCAUUUGUAAAACUGCAAAACUGUAUCCACUAUUGGUGGGCAGUACGUCAGCAUGAAUGGAAUGAGAAACUGUUUCCCUAGCGUGUGUGUA